AUGACGCUGCUGCUGCUGCUGCUGCUGCUGCUGCAGCAGCAGCAGCAGCAGCAGACAGCGCAGCAGCGGCUGGGCUGCUGCAGCAGACCGCCAGGCCUCAGCAGCAGACAGAGACACGAGCAGCAGCAGCAGCUGGGGCCCCCCAAGGGCCCCCCAGGGUCUGAAGAGGGUACUGGGACCCCCGACAGCUCCGCUGCACCGCAGCAGCAGCAACAGCAGCAACAGCAGCAGCAGCAGCAGCAGCACGUCGUCUGCGAUGCAGCACAGGGGGCCCUUGAUGCGGCAGCAGAGGAGAGGGGGGGCCCCCCAGGGGAGGGGGAGAGGGGCCCCCUAAAGGAGAAGGGGGGGGGCCCCUGCUGGGUUGUGGUUGCAGCCCCUGAAUGCUGGGUCAAUCAAAUAUGUGCAGAGGCAGAGUUCAGGUGUAUGUACACCUCACGCUGUGCGGGUACCCACACCCAGCCUGCAGCAGCAGCAGCAGCAGCAGCAGCAGAAGCAGCAGCAGCAGGAGGAACGGCAGCGUAUGAAGCAGCAGAAGCAUCAACAGCAGCAGCAGCAGCAGCAGCAGCAGCAGCAGUGAUUCGGUUGAGGAGCGGAGCAGCGUUUGCUGCUGCUUCUAUAUGCGGGGGUCUCCCGCUGCUGCUGCUGCCGCUGCCUUCCUCUCCCGUGCGUCUGUCUGCUGCUGAGGUCUGCUGCCCCCAGGAGGCGUUGCUGCUUGUCUCCUUAAUCAAAGAGGGAGCGGAGCUCAUACUGCAGCAGCAGCAGCAGCAGCAGCAGCAGCAGCAACAAGUGCAGCAGCAGCAACAAGAACUGCAACCGCAGCAGCAGCAACAACAGCAGAAACAGCUGCAGCAGCAACAGCAGCAGCAGCAGCAGCAGCAGCAGCAACAGUGUGUUUGGCUGCAGCCAGCUGUAGCCCCACACGAUUUCUUUGAUCGCCUUUUUAAACAAAACCCAGAGCUGCCUGCUCUGCUGCAUGCAGCUGAGCAGCAGCAGCAGCAGCAGCAGCAGCAGCAGCAGCAGCAACAGCAGCAGCAGCAGCAGCAGCAGCAGCAGCAGCCAGGAGAUGGCCUGGAGCUGUGGGCCCUGAGGCACGCACUCCGUCCCCUAACAAAAGCAGAUUUACAGCACUGGAUGUGGCGGCUGUGUCUGAGCGACAGCGGAGAAUUUCGCGAAAAAUUUUUGGGAAUUUGCCCCUCGCUGUUCGAUGCCAGCAGCGGGAGGAGACAAGCAGCAGCAGCAGCAGCAGCAGCAGCAGCAGCUCCAGCAGCAGCAGCUGCAACUCCAGCAGCAGCAGCAGCUGUAGCAGCAGAAAACCCAACUGCAGCAGCAGAAGCAGCAGCACCAACUCCAGCAGCAGCAGGUACUCCAGCAGCAGCAGUACAGGCAGCAACUCCAGCAGCAGCUGCAGCAACACCAACAGCAGCAGCAGCGGCAGCAGCAGCAGCAGAAAGCACACAGGAGAUGGCAGUGCGUGUUGCUGCGCUCCCGCGUGCUGCUCCGUUGCUUUGUCUUUGGCCUCCUCGUCUCUUUGCUGCUGCAGCAGCAGCAUUGCCUCCAUUUGCUGCUGCUGUGGGGCCCGCGGCCGUACCCUGGAAGCUCUUGCUGCAGCACCAGCAGCAGCAACUGCAGCAGCAACAGCAGCAACAGCAGCAGCAACUCCAGCUGCAGCAGCAGCAGCAUUCGCUCCACCGUGUUCGCCUCUUUGGGUAUGGUGGGGCCCCUGUGGGCCCCUCUGAGUUGCUGCUGACGUCGGAGGAGCUGCUGCAGUUGCUGCUGCAGUCUCCAGCAGCACAAGAGCAGCAGCAGCAGCAGCAGCGGCAACAGCAGCAGCAGCAGCAGCUGCUGCUGCUGAACUCGGCGAAUGGUAGCUGCAACGAGGAGCCCGCAGAAGCACCUCCUCUCAGGUCCUCUCAACCCCUGUGGCAACCUGCAGCAGCAGCAGCAGCAACAGCAGCAGCAGCAACAGCAGCAGCAGCAGCAGCAGCUGCUGCUGCAGGUCCUGCAGCAAAGAAGCAGCGAGUAGUGGGGCAAAAUGGACACCGCACAGCCUUCAACGAGACGGACACCCCGCAGCAGCAGCAGCAGCAGCAGCAGCAGCAGCAGCAGCAGCAGCAGCAGCAGCAGCAGCAAGAAGAAGCUGCUGCUGCCUCUCGUCGGAAGGCUGCCGCCAUAUUGGAGUUUCUGCCCCGCGUCGCGUUCUGCAGCAGCAGCAGCAGCAACAGCAGCAGCAGCAACAGCAGCAGCAGCAACAGCAGCAGCUCUGCGUCUGCUGCUGCUGAGGGGUUUUGCGUCGUGUCUCUCGGCAGCAUGCUGUGCCGGCUGCUGCAGCUGCUGCCGUGCUGCUGCUGUCUCCUUUCUAUAUUAGCUGCAGCAGCAAAGCUGCUGAAGAAGAGGCUGCUGCUGGUUGCUGCUUCUGCUGCUUUCUGCCCGUGUCAGUAUUUUGCUGCUGUCUCUAAAAAGGAGACAAAAAAGGAGACAGAGACAAAAGAGGAGACAGAAACAAAAAAGGAGACAGAAACAAAAAAGGAGACAGAGACAAAAAAGGAGACAGCAGAAAGGGGCCUCAAGGCCCUCUCAGCUGCAGCACGCAGCAGCAUCCAAGUGCUGCUGGUGCUCUCGCCCUUCGACUGCCCCGCGCUGCUGCAGCUGCACCAGCAGCAGCAGCAGCAGCAGCAGCAACAGCAGCAGCAGCAGUUGGUGCACAGCGAUGCAACACAGGAGCCGCCGGUGGAGCCACCAACAGUCAACGCUACACCUGCAGCAGAAGCAGCAGCAACAGCAGCAGCAGCAACGUUCUCGUCUGUGCGUGGUGUUUCUCGUUUGCUGCUGCCGCUGCUGUUCGAUCAGAGCAGCAGCAACAGCAACAACAGCAGCAGCAGCAGCAACAGCGGCAACGAAGCGACCCUCUGUCUGCAUCGUCUCCCAUAG